AUGGAUUUUGUCCAACUCUGCAGCCCAUUCGGCGGCUCACUUUUUACAGAAGAAUACCGCGGAGAUAUCCGUAAAGGGGAAGAAAACCUGAAGCAUAUUGCGUCUUCACUCAACAGAGACAGCGAUGCAGAGAGCCUGGCCGCGUUUACUCUACAGCAGUCAUGUCUGUGUAUGCUCCGAGGCAAUAACGCGGAAGCAAUGACGCACAUUGAGCGACUAGAACAGUGCCCAAAUUUAAAUCCACGAUGGAAACUCCGAAAGGAAAUAUAUAGAAUACUCUGUGUCAUAUUACGCCGUUACCCCCCUAUCAUUCGCCACAUUCCUUCUGGUUUGAAUCAGCCCUGGGGUGUGAAGGUCCCCAUUAUAUCGGUGUCGAGAGAAAUCUCAGAGGCUUUCGCACAAUAUAGAAGGGAUACGAAAGUCGAUGAUACAAUCACAUUUGAAUGUUCUUUUCUUUUAGCGGCAAUCAAUUUCCCGGGCUUCCUUCGCACUGUUCAUGUGCGAAAUCCAAAGUACCCGAUCGGGAAGGGAGGCAGAGUAUAUCAAGAAAUGAAGCAGAAGGUGAUUGAACGCUUCGAGACCCUACAGUGGUGCCAGAAGGCAUGCGCAAACGCUGGCAUGCAGCGACUCAGUCAGUAUCUCAAGAGGCUCGAGGUGGAGUUACACUUCGCAAUUGGUUCAUCAGAUAAAGGAAUCGACGGUCUACGAGCCCUAGAAAGUGAGUAUGAACUUUCGGGCGACUGGGCAGGAUGCGCGGCUUGCAAGCUUCUAGAGGCGGAUUUUGCAUUAACAUCGCCUUUUUCGACUCCAUUUGCUUUCAAUUUGAUCCCUGUAUACUCUGGUAACGCUGGAUUCGUGUGUCAGGUAUGGGAUGAAACUGAAGACAAACUUUCUCUUUUGGAGAGUGAUGAGUGGUCACAGAGACUGCUCCAACAAGCACACAAUCUUUUCCAAAGGAGCGACUCACCAAGAGGCUGCGCUGCUGUUAGAUUACGUCAAGGCUGUAUCGAGCAUAUGAAGUGUUAUUCGUCGGCAUGCAUGCCAAAUGAAAGAACGGGAUUUCUCCAAGCGGCAAAGGAGCGCUUCUCUGAUGCGUUGCAUCUAUUUGAUCUCGAUGAGGUCCAUUGUCAAAUUGUGCGAGGUCAUCAAAUGAUGCUAAUGAUUAGUGGCCAAGAAGACAUGAAGACCGUAACUUCUCUCGCAAGAGAUAUUGGUUCAUGGGGCAUCAGGUCCAACAAUGAGGGGAUUUCGGAAUUCAUCGGGUCACUUCUCAUCAGGUUCGGUCGACGUUUAUUAUAUCAGUCCGAAGUGAAUAAGGCCUUGAUGUGCUUCGAAGCUGCGCGGGAAUGUUUCUCUGCAAUGGAGGAACAAUAUGGUACUUUCCAGGCCAUGAUCUCUACCAUAACAGUUCACAGUCUGACACAAAAUAACCUACACGCACGUUACCUGAUUGAACAUCAGACAGAAAGCUUUUACGCACUGCUCAAUUACUUUGACGGACUCCGUGACUCGGACCCCUUAUAUAGCGGUUUCCAUGGGACGAAGGUAAACGUUAUUACUAGCUAUGACUCUGUUGUCAGUCCAAUAUACAGAAGCCUCGGUGAAUUCGAGGCCCUGAAGAAGUGGAGAGCAGAGGUGAAACAAUUGCUUAAGAAAGACAAUAUGACAAUGACGAUUGCCCUUCGUGAAGCGCUCAGUGAUCCUUUCUUCAACAACUACUUUGGAAAAGCAGGCCACUUAUUGGUGACAGUCAGUAGUAGUUGGGCCUCGCCAUCUUUCAACAUUUUUCGUUCGGCUUCAACUCUCGUCAAACGCCUUGUAACCUUAGGGUUAUCUUAUCUUACAGGCAGCAGUGGCAGCAGUAGUAAUGAACAUGUGUCUGAACCUGAGCAAAGGGAAGAAACAUUUUUUGAUAAACUGCACCGCGCUCAUUCUAUCAUGGAUGACUACGCGAUUAUGAUCGGUCGCUAUCGUGACUUGAUUUUGACUGCUAAUGUCGACGAAGCUGAGAAUGUUCUCCGCUCGUUUUAUGCCUCUUUGGAGUCCAUGGCCCCAGCAUUUUCUACUAAGGUGGCAGGCAUACUCGUGGGAAGUGAACUGGGAGACUUAAACAUCACUUCCAAGAAUCUGGAGUUGCUGACAGACGAGGAAUUACUCGGAGAAUGGACUAUGGAUAAAUACGGUGCUCUUCAUCAUACGCAGACGCGAUCCUCAAAUGUCCAUCAGCACUAUCGCAGUCAACCACAUUUUGAAAACGCUCUAUAUUUUUGCGUCCUGGCUGGUCAAUGGGAUAGAGGCUACAAAUUUCUCCACAUCAUUGAAUCCACGGAUCCGGAUUUCUUUGAUAUUCGGGGUUGGCGCGAUGUUGACAUGUGGCAUCGCUUUGCAAGUGCUGGCGUGAUCGCGGGACACAAGGGUGAGAUAGAGAAAGGCUUUAAAUAUUUGCUACAAGCAAUGAAGAUGGUCGAGUGUUUCCGUGGUAAUAUUAGCGACAAGGAAGCUAGACGAUCAAUGAUAUCAACGGCUCCUAUAAUCAACAUUACGAACGCUCUCAUUUUCUUGUGCUUGGAAUGCAGAAAAAGCGGUCUGCCGCUAAACCUUAUUUUCAACUCUGAUUUUCAAGAUCAUUCUGACGCAAGGACCUGGGAAGAAAAUGUUCUGCUUUUUUACGAAAGAUCUCGCGCCAGGUCUUUAUUGGAUUCUUUGAGAUCACAGGAACUGGGGGAGAGAUUGACGGUGGCAGAGGCCAACACCAAUAAAAGAUACAAACAAGCUAAGUUGAGACACCUCCGCUCCCUCGCUAUCGAGCAUCGAAUGCAAGGCAUUGAAAUGCCAGAAAUGGAUCAGCAGGAACUGAACAUGCUAGAGAAUGAACUUGGACCUGAUGAUAGCGUUCUUGAUUUUCAGCAACCCAUGCUUUCUAUAAGCCUGAACAUUGACCCCAGAGAUUUGUACGGUGCUAUCCCAGAUGACGCCCUAGUUAUUGCGAUAUCAUAUUCGCUUGAGGCAAUCUAUGAACUGGCAAUUACAGCACACAAAGGAGUCUUAUUCGCGGAGAAGAUAAACGAUUUGCCGGCACAGUUUCGGCGCUCGGCGAUCAGGCUAUUAAGGUAUAUUAGGGAGUCAAAAAGCAUGACGGUUAUGACACAAAAUAUGACAUCUGCUCCUAUCAGGGACCUUCUUCAAGAAUUAUCCGCGGCCAUUAUCCUUCCAGUUCAAGGCUUGAUACGCUCGAAGAAUCAUAUCAUUUUCGUCAUGAGCUUCCCUUUGAUAGGUUUUCCCGUUGGGGCACUCGCACUAGAUGGGAAACCUCUGUGCAUACAGAAAGCAAUCUCACAAAUUCCAAGCCUCUCAUCUCUGCUUUAUCUCUCAAAACGUACAGCAGAUAAGCCUGGAACAUACCAACAAAAGUCACAAUUCGUGUCAUCGAUCUCAAAAGUGAGUAGUUGGGCCGAAUAUGAGGCCAAACCAACGGAGCCGCCACUCCCCAUGGCUGGGAUAGAGUCCGUCGCCAUCUCUCAUCUCUUCAAUAUACAGCCAAUCAAAGCCAAUGAGAUGGAUCGGGAAAGAUUUCGCAAGGUACUGAACGAAUCACGGGUCCUACACGUCGCAACACACGGCGUCUUUGAAUCUCGAUCACUGUGGACGAUGAAUUUGCUUCUCAAAGAAAAAGUUCGAGCAUUUGAUUUAUUCGAGACCCAGAGUAAUGCGGACCUCGUGGUCUUCUCGGCAUGUUCAACUGGGAUUGGGACCGUCGUUGGUAAUGAGGUGCUUGGUUUCUCACACGUCCUUCUCGAGGCAGGCUGCUCUUCUUAUCUUGGGGCUCUUUGGGAAGUUAAUGACGUUGCAACGAUGUUGAUGAUGGUCUUGUUUUUUCGAAAGAUCCGCCAGUGCAUUGACGACAGCAAUAGCAACGUUAGUGUAGCAGAAUUAUGGAGACUGGCGCUGGAGGACUUUUACAAUAUGAACCCAAAAAGGGCCCGUGGGAUUAUACAAGACUUGAUUCAUAUAUGGAAGAAUACAGCUCCUGCCGCAAGACGGAUUGUACAGGGUGGAAUGAUCUACCUGAAGAAACUAUCGCAGUAUACCAGCACAGAGAUGGAUAUGGACGUUUAUCAAGGCGUGGAGGACUCUACAGAUCCACUGGAUCUCAAUUUUCAGCAUCCAUAUCUCUAUGCUUCAUUCACCCUUAUCGGAAACGGGGCGCUUCGACUUUUGCGUUCCAAAGAAUGUCGUGUUCGAAGUCCAUAG